AUGGCGCCGCCCGCCGCCCGCCUCGCCCUGCUCUCCGCCGCCGCGCUCACCCUGGCAGCCCGGCCCGCGCCCAGCCCCGGCCUCGGCCCGGGACCCGAAUGUUUCACGGCCAAUGGUGCAGAUUAUAGGGGAACGCAGAACUGGACGGCACUACAAGGUGGGAAGCCAUGCCUGUUCUGGAACGAGACUUUCCAGCAUCCAUACAACACUCUGAAAUACCCCAAUGGGGAGGGGGGUCUCGGCGAGCAUAACUACUGCAGAAAUCCAGAUGGAGAUGUGAGCCCCUGGUGCUAUGUGGCAGAGCAUGAGGAUGGAGUCUACUGGAAGUACUGCGAGAUUCCCGCUUGUCAGAUGCCUGGAAACCUUGGCUGCUAUAAGGAUCAUGGAAACCCACCUCCUCUAACGGGUGCCAGUAAAACAUCUAACAAACUUACCAUACAAACCUGCAUCAGUUUUUGUCGGAGUCAGAGGUUCAAGUUUGCCGGGAUGGAGUCGGGCUAUGCUUGCUUCUGUGGAAAUAAUCCUGAUUACUGGAAGUACGGGGAGGCAGCCAGCACCGAGUGCAACAGCGUCUGCUUCGGGGAUCACACUCAGCCCUGUGGUGGCGACGGCAGAAUCAUCCUCUUUGACACUCUCGUUGGCGCCUGCGGAGGGAACUACUCAGCUACGACCUCCGUGGUGUAUUCCCCUGACUUUCCCGACACCUACGCCACGGGCAGGGUCUGCUACUGGACCAUCCGAGUGCCGGGAGCCUCUCACAUCCGCUUCAGCUUCACCUUGUUUGACAUCAGGGAUUCUGCCGACAUGGUGGAACUACUGGAUGGCUACACCCACCGCGUCCUGGUCCGUUUCAAUGGGAGGAACCGCCCACCUCUGUCCUUUAACGUCUCUCUGGAUUUUGUCAUUUUGUACUUCUUCUCUGAUCGCAUCAAUCAGGCCCAGGGAUUUGCUGUCUUAUACCAAGCCAUCAAGGAAGAGGCGCCACAGGAGAGGCCCACUGCCAACCAGACGCUGGCCGAGGUGAUCACGGAGCAAGCCAACCUCAGCGUCAGCGCAGCCCGGUCCUCUAAAGUCCUCUACGUCAUCACCACCAGCCCCAGCCACCCACCCCAGACCGUCCCAGGUAGCAGUUCCCAGACUCCAACAAAGGGGGUCCUGUCUUCUGUGCUUGCAGGAUGGACAGUGUACGGCCUGGCAACUCUCCUCAUCCUUACGGUCACAGCCGUCGUAGCAAAGAUACUUCUGCACAUCACAUUCAAAUCCCAUCGUGUUCCUGCCUCAGGGGACCUUAGGGAUUGUCAUCAACCAGGGACGUCGGGGGAAAUCUGGAGCAUUUUUUAUAAACCCUCUACUUCGAUUUCCAUCUUUAAGAAGAAGCUCAAGGGUCAGAGUCAACAAGAUGACCGUAAUCCUCUUGUGAGUGACUAAAAGCUGCCCACUCCGUGCCCAGGACACGAGGUCCCUCCGAGCUCAAGGCCAUUGGGGACCCGUGGUUUCUUCAGACCGACUCUCCCUGCUUCUCCCUCAGCCUCUGGCAGCCUCUGCAAGAGCGCCGUCCUAAGGGCUGGGAAGGGACGUCCUGCUGCAGAGGCAGGCCUAGCCUAGACUCCCCCUGCUUCAUCACUGCACUUAGAGAGAGACCCAAAGUCCCAGGGUCUAGACCCUCCCUGUGCUUCUCUCUCUCUCUCUCUCUCUCAUCUAGAGUGGGGGUGUCAGGACAGGGGCUGAGAAUGCAGAGAUAGUUGUGUCUGGCACUGGGCUCAGGUACCUUCUAGAUGACUGUAGGGUGGUGGGUAGUUAUAGUAUAUGCUGAGUCUUGCUCGCUUAUUUUCUAUUUUGUCCACACAGAUCACUUUCUCCUGGUCUUUAUGGGAGGAUUCUGAGGUUCUCUUGGGGGUUGGCCUGGUCCUAGAUUCCUGGGCAUUAGCACCCGAAAGCAUAAAGAGGGCCCAUACUCUGUGCUGACUCUGGGGCUUUGCUCUCUGGGUGCUGGAUGAGGGUGGGCCUCCUCUAUCCUGGGAGAGCGUGGGAAUUGACCCCCCAACAUAUCAAGCCUGCACCCUGCCACACACGGGCUUCUUUCCAAAGCUUGGUGAUCGCAGAGCAAGCCACACAACAGACUUUCCUGAAAGCUUCUAUAGGCUCAGUGACUCUUUAUUAUAUGGGGUUGCCCGGCCUUGCCCCUGCGCAGCUCAUGGUCCUAUGGAACCUGAGCUGGGCCUGUCUCUCCGUGAUUCUCCAACUCCCCGUUCAGAACAGGGAGUAUAAAGGUUGUGGCUUAGCCGUGAGGCAGCAUUAGGGGGGACACAGGUGUCAGCAGUCUCUCCUGCAGGCAUCACUUAUUUUAAAAGAUGACAAACCGUCCCACGGCCUGUGCUCUCUGUGGUCCCCUCCUCCCCUUUGUCAAUGGGGACCCAAUGUGGUCUGGAAUAGCUCAGUGGGGAGGGAGGGCCCUUUUCCCUAGCCCCACACUACCCUGCCCUUCAGAUGGGGAAGAGAGUCUCAGGGAGUGGCAUGAGGGCAGAGAGGGAGGUUUUGGGAACUGGAGACCCUCGAGUUUAAGCCUCCCAAGAUGGAGAGCUGCAGCCGCAGUGGCUGCUGGUCGGGAGGAAGAGCUGUCCCCCAUUGAGAAGUCCCCAUCAGCCAAAGUAGGCUUUGUCAACAGCCGCUGAGAAGAGCCGCCAGGGCCUCGGAAGGCCAGUCCUGGGCCUUCGUCAGAGCACGACUCUCCCAGAGGCACCUGAGCACUUGGGCCUUGGAAACCACAGGUUUCCGCCUUGGAGCACUUUGCCUGCCUCCCCCAGAUCCCUCAGCUACUGCCUGCUGCGGCUUUCUCUGGGGCUCUGCCACGCUGGCGACUGUGUGCACCUGGCUGCUCCCGGAAACACAGAGGACCGUGUGGGGCCAGCGAGGAGGGGUCUGCCGUGAGAGGUGACAUGCGGCAACCAGGGGAGAUGCUGGGAGCUGGCAGGCAGAGGGUCACAAGAGAGGGGCAAUGGGACAGCGUGUCCAUGGGAGGGCAGGAGCGCUGCCCGAGCCACCGUGGGAGGCCUGCUGCGGGCUCAGAGCCGCUGGGUGCCGUCUUCACGCUUUGAUCUGGAAAGGGUGAUUACCCCGGAGCAGCUGUCCACGGGCCGCGGGUCUGCACACAGAGGCCUGUCCCACACGACUGGAAGUAUGCUGACAUGUGCUGUCUCCCCUUCACGCUAUUCCCGGCUGUGGCGGAAUCUCCUCUGAACCAAGUGUCAGGUGCGUGCGGCCACAAAGGGCCUGUGCCCUGAAUAGAUCCAUUCACAGCACAAAGGGAAUAUGGAAUUUAGCCCCGGGAGGGGGUCGCCUGGCCCAGGAGCAGCUGUUCAGCCGCUUAGGGCUUCCUGUGGCCAUCGGCCUUUGGGGCAUCCUGUGCCACCACCCCCCACCACCAGCCCACCUCACACAGGCAGGGUCUCGUCUGAGUCUGCAGCUGGAGCAACCCGUUCUGAGACCUGGAAGUGCUGGUGACGCCCCAGUGCCCUCCUUCCUGCUGGCCCUGGCACAGCCCACUGCCACCAGGAUCAACUUACUGUCCAGGGAGCAGCCCCAGGAAACCAAACCGGCCUCAGGACAGACCUGGGGGAGAGGCCAUAAAUUGUCCCAGGCCCAACCCCCACAGACACCUUGGCCUCAGUGUUGCUCAGAACCUGUCAUUGAUACCCCCCAGAGGGUGCCCUGUGGCUAAGUAAACAUCUGAGGGAUACAUUGUCCCAGAGAAGGUGAGGUGUCCUCCCGGGAGCACCAUAGGAGGCCCACACUUGGUCUUUUAAGAAACUACUUUAGAGAGAAGUGAGGUUUGGAGAGGCUGGAAAGCCUGAAAGGACAUCACGGAUCACAUAGAUUAGGAAAGAAGAAGGGGAGGGACUCUGGGGACAACUGUGGCCUGCCACUUUGAAAGCAUCCUGCCCAAGGCCUUCACCCUGAGUGAUGGAGGGAACCAAGGCUGUGGCAAGUGAUGCCUCUGGGCCUGGGUGCCCUCCUCACCCCUUCUCUGCAGAAUCUAGGCCCUUGCCUUCUCAGCCUGUGCCGCCAGGGAAGGGAGGGCUGCAGUAGCUGAUGUUGUCGCCUCUAUGGUAAAUGCCUGCAGCCGGCUGGGACCGUGGUCUUAGCUGCGUUUCACAGUGUCUUUGGCCCCUUGGAAGGUGCAUGGCACCCCGUGUUCUUCCCCAAGCACCCAGUCACUUGCAGAACAGAGAAGGUGUAGCCAUGUCUCCCUGCCUUGUCAGGACAGGGUCAAGGCCUCUCUAUGGGUGUGAGCGAGGUGACCGGGCUGCUGUAACUUCUGAAGUGUGGGCUCUGGCUCAAGACUCCAAUCAGCCAGAAACCCACAAAGAUCAAAGCACUAGCGAGUACAGCUGUUCUGGCCCUCAGGCCAAGCCCAUACGGCCCCACCCACUCGCCCCAUUGCCCGCCCAAGGCAGGAGCUGGCCUGACCUUGCCACCCGGCCAUCCUGACACACCAGGCGGGCACAGUGGCCAUCACCAAGCCCUGGGCGUCCUGGGCACUUACCUUCACGAGCACUUAGCAGUGGACGGCCUCCGAGAUGCUGUCUCCCUUGUCUGAUGAGGCCACCCCGGGGCUUGAACCGAGGCCGGCCAGCUCCCCACCCCAUAGCCCAGGCAACUGCCACCCUCUUGGGUUUUGGAUCUCCUGUUUGAUGUUCGAUGUCUGCUUUUGUUACUACCUUGAGAACUUUUUAACCUUUUGAUUGUUUCCUCUGGUGGCUUUGUUUACCACUGUUCUACCUCCUGGCCGGGUCUCUCAGCCUAGCAGCCCUGGCACGGGGUAUUUCUCAAACCUUCCAGCUGCAGCUGCCUCCGACUCUGGUGGGACAGCUCAGGGGUGACGAUGGGGCCUCACCCCUCUGCCUGCAGACCCCAGGGGAACCCAUCUCACAGGCUUCUGUGUUGCCAAGUUGAAUAUACUCAACAAGGCAGAAGUGGGGUAUGGAGGAAGGUCCGAGGUAAAUCUGCAUCAGAAAGGAUGUGUCUUCAGGAGCACAUAGUGGGGGACCCUUUCUCUUCCUGUACAGCUGCCGUCUUGGGGUUCACGCAGCGUCAAGACCUGCCACAUCCAGACUCACCUGCCCGCAGGGAUCUUGACUUUGGAUGACAAGGCUUUAUUUGUAAAUAUGCUCUUAAUAUGCAACUUUGAGAAUAAAAUAGAAACAUCAUGUAUUUUAAAAUAUAAGAUGAAGUGUGAUGCACUGUAUACAAUUUAAUAUAUAUUUUUAGGAUUUUGUUAUUUAAGAAAAUGGAAUGUAAUGGUACUUAACUUUUACAAAAGAGAGAAAAAUGUUAUUUUUACUGUCUGGAGAAAAUAAAUAUUCUCACUGUUGUAG